AUGAACCUCUCAGAUGCAGUUCACGACGCGACCAGCAGGGAGCCGCAGGAGGUCGCGCUCGAGGACCUCUACCACGGCGGCGGCGGCCCGCUGGGCCACGUCGUCGCGCGGCUCCCGCCCCGCGACCGCGCCCGCCUCGCCGCCGCCUCGACGGCCCUGUUUGCGACGCUGCUGGCCUGCGUGCCGCGCGCCAAGUGGGCGUCCAACACGCCCGUCGGCCGCGACGUUCUCGCGCGCCUGCACCGCCGCGGCACCGAGAGCGCCGCGGAAUCAGAGGGUCGGGAGUCUUCGAACGCCUAUGUCGGGUGGACGGUUGCGGACGGGGCUUGCCGGGUGUUCUGCCGGCCGGGCGCGGACCCGGACGCGCCGGCGUCGAUCGUGGGGAUCGAGGUGCUUAAGGCGGAGCCGCCGCGGCCGAUAUCGGCGGAGAUGACGGGCCUGCAGUUCGUCGACGUGUCGGUGAAGGAUGCAACGUGGCUGGCGGACGACGACUGGCUGCCGGAGGGCGUGCGCGUGGGGAUCACGCACCUCCGGGGCCGCGGCGGCCCGCUGCGGCGCGUGCCGGAGGGCCUCGCGAACCUCCAGGAGCUCCACCUCGGGCGCAGCGCGGACUUCUUCCAAUUUGGAAAUACGGAUGACAUGUCGUGUGUCCUGCCCGCGAGCUCGGCGGGGCGGCUGCGGACGCUCGUGAUCGACCGGGCCGAGCUUGUGUGCGUGCCGGAGACCGCGCAGGCGCUCGAGAGCCUCGCUGCGUGCGGUUGCUCCGUCCUCGACGGCAACACCGCAACGCCCGGCCCCCAAUCGGCGUUUCUGUCGGAGAGCCGCGCGCGGCGGCUGCGGAAGCUCGACCUGAGGAUGAGCCCCGUGCGGCGCCUGCCCGCGGGCAUGGAGAGCCUCGAGGAACUCCAUCUCGUGCACUGCGAGCGCCUGGUUCAAGUCGGGUUCCUACCAGAGAGCUCUGCGAGGCGGCUGCGGACGCUGGACACGACGUUCUCGCCCGUCAAGGCGUUUCCGGAGAACAUGGAGUGCCUCGAGUCGCUCGACGUGUCGUUCUGCCCGUGGCUGGACGUGGACGCGAGUCCGGGACGCCCGUGGCUGCCGGCGUCGUCGGCGCGACGGCUGCGGUCGCUGACCGCCGGAAAGUCGCGCCUGAACGCCGUGCCCGCGGGCGCCGUCGCGCUCGAGGAGCUCGUCCUGCCCGCCUGCCUGAACCUGCAGCCGGAGGCGUGGAUAGACCCCGCCGUCGCCGCCAACCUGCGCGUGCUCGAUCUGAGCGGCACCUCGCUCGCGCGGCUGCCGGAGAACAUGACGCGGCUAGAGCGGCUCGACGUCUCGAUGGCGCACACGCUCGACGGCGGCGGCGACGCGUGGCUGCCGGAAACGUCGCGCAAGACCGUUCGCGUGCUAAACGCGGAGCGGUCGUGCGUCGCGCGCGUGCCGGAGGGGAUGGCGAGCCUGGAGGAGGUGAACCUGACGGGCUGCCAGAUGCGCGCCGCGUGGAUGCCGGAGUCCUCGGCGCGGCGGCUGCGCGUGCUGUCCGUUGCACACACAAACAUCGAACGCGUCCCCAGCGCGCCGGAGACGAUGCGGAACCUGACGGAGCUCAGCGUGCGGCGGUGCAGACGGCUGGCGACCGACUGGCUCCCUGCGGGCCUCGCGCAGCACGUCACCAAGCUCGACAUCGGCCGCACCGACCUCAAACGCGUGCCCCCGGACAUGACGAGUCUUCAGGAGCUGGACAUCUCGUACAAUACCAAGCUCGCGCGGGACGGAUGGCUCCCGGAGAGCUCCGCGGGCCGCCUCCGGACGCUCGUCGCCAAGUGCAGUGCGUUGCGGCGCGUCCCCGACUGCAUCCCGUCGGGGCUGGAGGAGCUGGUGGUGGCGCAUUGUGAGGGCCUCGACGUGGACGCGUGGCUGCCGGAGCAAAUCGCGGCGGGGCUGCGGAGGCUCGACGUCGCGGCCACGAAGCUCCGGAGACUCCCCCCGGGGAUGUGUUGGCUCGAGGAGGUCGACGUGGGGGAGUGCCGGAUGCUGGCGGACGACUGGGGGGAGGCGCUGCCGACGUGCGCGCGGAGGCUCCCGGACAAGACGUGGGAGGGGAAGGCGUUGAUACCCAAACCAUCGCUCGUUUGA